AUGAAAAGUCAAUCGAUUAUACCUAAUGUGCUUUCAAUUAAUUCUUCUUCCUCCAAGAUAGCUCAAGAAAAAAUCCACCUUCAAGAAAUAUCAAAUAAUGCACAGCAAACAGAACCAGAAACCGAUAAAAAAUUCUUACGCCAGCAAAUUUCUAGAGGUUGGAACAUACAAAGAUACAACCUAUUACCUGAUAUUAGAGAGCAGGGAAGAGGGCGAGCGCUAUCCGAUGUUUCUUUACUUCUUCGUCAUACACUAAAUAAUAGCCAUUCCACUUUAUCAAGUAAUAUAUUUGAAGACAGUGGAGAAAGCUUUAAUAGAAAUUAUUCGAACAGAUCAAAAACUUUUAGUAGAUCCGACGAUAAAUCGUUGUUAUCUCUUCAAAAUUCAAAUAGAACUGAUCAAACACUUACAACGCUAACUGUACCAACAAUUUCGAUCAAUUUAAAGGAGAAAAAAGCAUUACCACCGAUCAAUUUAGAAGGUAGCGAUAAUCGACCACGUUUUAUGACUGUUUUAGAUAGUGCUCCACCUCCAGCAGCAGUUUUGACUAUGAGUGCUUCAGAAAUAAUUCCAUGUACAGAGGACCCAAGAGAUACCGAAGAAUUUCUCUAG